AUGGAAUCUCCUGACAAUAGCAAACCUAUAAAGUACGGAUCUCUGAUAACUAUCAAAAUUCCUAAAAGCAGCUUACUUUAUUCUCACGGAUUUAUUGACAAUGAUUUAUACCUCAGAGAGCAAUCACAAUCUGAUUUCAUAGGGCACAUAUUUAGAAUAAUCCCAUUUAGCAUGUAUGGAGCACAAAAUGAAGUAUUAAAUUCACUUCCUGAAAUAUCUAAAUAUUCUUUUGUUACUUAAAGAGAAAUUCCUUUGCAAGUCAACAAGCUAUACUCACCUCCGCAUAAGGCUCCACUGCUUGUAGUCUGGGCACAGUAUUUCACUAUGCUGCUUCUCACAGAGGAGGACUUGCACUCGCUACUCAAGAGCGAAAAAUGCUAGGUCACUAUGCCGCGCUGGAAAAAUUCCCGAUAUGUCAAGAAACCCCUACUGACCUUGGCAAAUAAUAUAUAUUAAAAUGACGUGGAGAACCAGCUAAUCGUCCUAGCACCUGUAGCUGGGGUAGCCUGAGACUUAUGGAAAGGAGGAUAGGGUUCAGUAAUAUGCAUUCAGACAGGUUUUACCUAGGAUAAUGCCGUACAGCUACCCACAUGCGCAUAUCCUGCAAAAGUUUUACCUGCCUCUCUCACAGGGUAAAAAGUUCAUCUAUGUGUGAGAGCGUGGUCCGCUCACUCGGUAUUGCGCUCUAUAAAAUAAAAACUAACCGGAUACAUAUUUUUCUAAAGCUGUAACUCUUAUUCAACAUCCCCAGGCUUCCUAACUCCUUCUCCGUGAGCUAGCAAAUCAUUGGAAAAAAUCUCUAUUUCUUGCUAAAAACCCACUAUGAGCGAACAAAAAUUUUUUAUGAAAAAAAUAUUUUGUCAAGUGAUAUUAGUAUAAUGUAAUCUCGAGCUAAUUCUGUUGAAUUUUAAAAAUAAAUUUUGGAAAUUAAUUAAUUUUUGCGAAAAUUGAUUUUUUAAAUUACUAUAAAGUUUAUGUAAAAAAAUUUAACUCUAUGAGCAAACAAAUUUUUUUGUUCGCUCACGGAGUGGGAGUCAGAAUCUUUCAUAUGCAGAUGCUAAGAUUGAAGGUUGGCUCAUCAACCAUUUUAAUGUAUUAUUCUAAAUAUCCAUUUAGUGAGAAAAUAUCAAGAUUAGAAGAUUUUCUGGAUGCUGAAGUUGAGUCGAAUCUUAAUAACUAUGCAGCUUUGAAAGGAACUCCGAUAAAAUUUGGAUCUCUCAUACAGCUUGAGCACUACAAAAGUCAAAAGUUUUUGACCUUAAAAAGCAAUGAAAAUGCAGACAUUGAAAAAGAAAAUUUCAAAAUUUCUCUAGAAGACUACAGUAGCGAAUUCUCUAUCUUCAAAAUUCAACCUUGUUUUAAAUUUCAAGAAGAAGGAAUUGGCUAUAUAAAAGAAAACGAUAAAAUUUACCUAGAAAUAGCAAUUUCUGAGCUAAACAGGUGCGCAUUUUUGCAUGCCACUCACAGUUCCUUGGCCUCCAUUAUAGACCAAAUAAAUGGAGAAGCGGGGAAAUCAUUUGAAGUGAAUGCAUCGUUCGAGCAAAAAUCCCAAUGGAUUUUUCAAGAGUUUGCAUAUACAAAAAAUGAAGAAAUUGAUUAUAUGAAAUUGGGAGAUUGUGUUUGAAUUAAACCAUCAGAAGAGAAAGUAAGACUUGGAGCUUUUGGGAAGGAAAUCUUAACCUUAAUUAAUAGACGGGCAGAGAGCUCUGUUGGUAAGCAGUCACUCAGGACUCCCUUGGGGUUCAUCCACUUUAUGGUGUCUACUCAUCGGCAUGAUUGAAUGAGAUGAUAGCUGGCAAGAUGCUUGGACCGUUUUCUUCUUCUCUAGUAUUCGCCUGAUUGGCAGGACAGAUUGAAUCUGCACGAGGGAGUACGCCUCCAAUGCCUUGUUAGAGCUCGGUUUUGAGUUAGCAGACUAUGAUUUCUGCGGCCCUGCUGUGGGCUCAUUAGAUAGUAGCUUGAUCCAGGAGAAAACCCGAAGUGUAACGAGUGCUGGUGCCUGCCUUCAGCAGCUACAGAUUAAUAGCUCAAUUCCUCAGCCCAGGCUGCAACACCUGGCAUCGCGGUGAUGGCCAACCUUAGUGGUCCCUAAGUAUGCUGCCAAUUCCAACAAUAGGAACCGAGCCAAAAGCCUAGCCGAAAUCAUAAAGCCAUAUCAAAUCUGAAUUUCGACUGGCUUCUCUCUCAGUUCGCAUUGGCCUUAAGAUUGAGAAAAUUGCAUCAAGAAGUCGAAUGCUUAGGUCACCAUUUUAUGUAUCUUUGGGAAAGAAUCAAAAGUGUAUUUUAAUGAUAAUUGUAAUGACACAAAUGGGUUGUGAAUAAUAGAAAAUGAAAAUUGUGCUACUGGAGGAGUUUUAAAUUCAAAUAUGAAUAUUAGGAUAAAACAUUUAUCAACUGGGUGCUAUUUGUCAAUUGGAAAAUCUAGAAAUUCUAAAGAUAAAUUAAUACUGGAAAAGGAAUUGAAGAAAAAGACUGUUUGAAAACUUGUAAAAAUAAAAGAUGAGCAAAAUAUUAUAAAUGAUGAUUAUUGUAGAAUUUUAAAUGUAAAAAAAAAUGUGUAUAUUAAUAUAAUCCAAGCCUUAUUUAUGUUCAGACUAUGCCGCAUAUUCCGACGUCAACCAAUAGUUGGAAGAUCAGCAAAUUUGGUAAACAUAAUUUUCCAAAUGGGAAAUUUCCAAUAGAAAGUGAUUUAUCAUCUAAGGAGUUGAUUUUUUUAAUCCCCCAGCUGACAUCGGAAAAGUUCAGCAUAACUUGAGUCGAAUAGAGGCUCCUGAUAUAGUAAAAAACGAACAAAGUCAGGAUUGGACUACACACCUUCACUGACAGAUGAAAAUGAUGAAUUUACUUGCUUUAGAAUUUUUAAUGCUGAUAGUGAAAGAGUUAAGGAAACACAAUUUUUAUUGAAUGCAUAUCCAAUAAUAUCCUAUUAUCCUCAAUUUUUAUUACAAAAUGAGUCUUCUGAAUACCAAAAUUUCGACCUAUAUACACAUCUUUUAUUGAUAUGUUUGAAAAAUCUAACAAAGUUCUGUAGAAAUUCACUCUAUUUUAUGGUAGGGGUCGAUCAAAGGAUAGGCCAAACGCAGUUUAAAAGGCAAAAAUUACUAAAAGAGCAUAAUUUCAUUGAUAGCCUUUGCGAAAUUUUAAAAUUUUCUAUAACCACUGAUAAAGAAAAGAAAAUGAUUAAACAAUUGAAAAAGGAAAAAUCAUUAAAAACAGAUAAUUUUUACAUAAAAAGAGCCCGCAAAGUUAUUGAUUGAGAAACAUUUAAAAUAAAAACAAUUUUUCGGGUUGUCAAAAAAAUAUACAAAUUACUAUCAGCAAUUUGCAAAGCAAACAGCGAAAUCCAAACCUAUCUAUUUCAAUUUUUAAACGUUUUUGCCAAUCAUAUAGGAUUGGAUUCAUGAGUAAAGAAUUGCUUAUUAGAAAUACUGAGCAAUAAUGAAGAACUUUUACUGAAAAUUCAUGAAGCCAAAAUUGAAGAAAAUUCUGAAAAUAUUAUAGAAUUCCAUGUUAAUUUGUUGAAAAAUACUAAAAAGGAGUUUAAGCAUCAUAUUAUUGAUUUUUUGAAAUUUAUCUGCGUUUAUAAUGGAAACAGUGUGCAUGUGAAUCAAGAAGUGCUUUAUGAAUAUUUAUUUAUUAAUAAAGAAAAUUAUCGAAGGCUAAUGAUCCCUGUAUUUAUUAAUGCUGCUAAUGAUCUCUGCAUUGAAAUUGAUAGUUCUGGGUCAAUAGUUUCGUUAGAAGAGUGUUUUGAAGACUUUGAAAAAUAUGAAAAAAAACUAAUAUAUUUUAGGCACAUAAUAAAGCUCUUGGCCAACAUGAGCUCUGGUAGAAAUUUUUUAUGUAUCGAAAAGCUUAAAGACUUAUUCCCACCAGACGCUUUGUUUAAAGCAAUUUGAAACUCUAAUAUUAGCAAUGAUUUGAAGGCUUCUCUAUCUAAACUAAUGCUGGCACUUUAUAUUGACACUCCUCCAAGAGAAGAUAUAAUCAAGCCCGAAUUAAUUAAAGUGCUAGCCUUUGAUGAAAAUUUUCAAGAAAAUGAUAUUUUUGAUAAUAAGCACUUGAGAAUUAAUUCGUGCUCUUCAGAGCAGAGUACUUCAAGAUCCUCUAAAAAAGUUGCUAAUGCUUUUAUGAUUGAAGAGGAAGAAGAAAUUGCUAUAUCAAAUGAUGAAGAAAUAAUUAUUUAUAAUUUCAUGAAAAAAAUAUUAGAAUAUUUAUCCUGCACUGAUAUUGGAGCAGCAGAUAAAUUUACCUACGCACCCAAGCAAACGAUUGAAAAUUCAUCUUCAACAAAAACUCACUCUCGAAAAAUUAUUUAAUAUAAAUUUUUUUGAAUGCAGUAAUUAAAUUAAAUAGCUAACUAAUUUUAUCGAUUGGGAUUUUUUGAAAAAAAAAAUUAUGAAAAAUUGUUACAAAAAAAUUUAUUUUUAUAUCAGAAGGUAGGGGAGUCAUGAGAUUUUGAAAAUUGGUGAAAAAUUAAUAAAAUUUGAAAUGUUUGGAACCGGAUAUACAUGCUAUGAUAAUGGAGUCUAUUUAUAUAGUCCUCUGUCUAAAGAAUUUACAAUUGAAAAUAUGGAUAUCGUUAAGUUUGCAAAAUCCAUCAUUCCAUUAUUUCUCAAGAAUCAAAAUAUAAACAUUUUAAAUAGAAAAUAUUCAAUUAAUCCUGGUAGGAAAAUCAAUAAAAUAUAUAAAUUUCAAGAGAGCACUCAAUAUGAAAAUAGCUCAAUUUGUGCAUUAAAUAUAAAAAAUCUUCUAGUUUCUUUUCCAAGCAAUUUUUCCAAGAUUAAUCAUUCAUCAUCUGCAAGAUCCAAAAUACUAAUGUCAAGCAUUUUAAAUAAAUAUUUAGACACCAGACAAGAAUUUUUACUUACUUUCCCACUUUUACAUUGGAUAAAAAAUUGUUUAAUAUUAAAGGGGAAUUAUUUUUUUGAAAAAUAAUUUUUAUGAAAUUAACCUUAAUUAUUAUUUUAAAAAUAAAUUUUCGUUUCAAAUUUAAGAGCUAAUUUUCCAAAAAAUUGAAAUUUUACAGGUGUUUUAUUCAAUUUAAAGCAGGGAGUCAAUAACAUUCUGCAUUGGUUUCAGAACUUAAAAGAGCAAACAUUAUGAAAAAUUGAUGAAAUCACAAGCCUGCUGCCUCCAGUCUUAAUGAUUGGAGAAAAAAUGUCGAGAUAUCUAUCAAAAGAAAUAAUUCAAGAAAUAUAUUCACAUAAUUUUAAAACCUGAUGUCCAGUCAUAGUGCCUGAUUUAAAUUUCCUAUACCAUAAACCAAUUUUAUCAGCAUUAUUAAAAGGGUUCGUUUAUUCUACAGACUAUUCACUCCAAUCUGUGUUUUUAUCUUUUAUACUCAGGUGCUUUAGCCAAAGAACAGAACUAUUGAAGUCUGUAAAACAUUUAUAUGCAUUGAGCUCUAAGACAGACGUGGAAUUAAUAUCUUGACUGAAAUCUCAUAUUUCUAUAUUUAAAAAGUUUUGCGACCAAAGUGAACUCUGGCUAAACACAUGAACAGGAGAUCAUUUAAACCACCAAAAUACAAUAGACCGAGUUAUCGAGCUUCUUGGAGACUUUGAGCUGAUUUUUUAUGAAGGUGUUUGUAUAGAUAACGGAAAGCCUUCAUAUAUGGGGUUGUCAAAUAUAUCUCCAAUAAGGCAAGAAAUGCUUUCAUAUUUAUGCCUACAUGAUCAUAUAAUUAAGCUCAUUAAAGAUGGCAUGCAUACACUUGAAACGCUGUAUAUGCAAGAAAAUAGUCAAUAUGAUAAAAUAAAAAAACAAACAAAAGAGCUCUUUUCUCGUUGCCAUAGGAUAUUGAAAAGGCUUGUAUACGAAAACCCAAAAAAUCAAAAAAUUAUGCAUAGUCAUGUACAUAUUUUUAUGCAAUACCUUAAAAUAAAUGUAGAGCAAAUACCAUUGAUUUGUGAAAUUUAUAAGAAUAACCUGAAUUUGAUUAAAACACUAAGCUUGGAUAUUCUAAAGAGUUUUGUAAAUCUUAUUUAUUUAGAAGGAAGACAGCCUGCAUUUUUAGAUUUUUUCGAUAUAAUCUUAUCAGUCCAAGGUAAUUAUAAGAUUUUAAACAGAGCUGAAAAUAGCAGAAUAUAUAAUUAUCUAAAAUAAAUAAACUCAUACCCCUAUAGAUUUCUUUAUCGAACAAAAUGUAGUGGGCAUUGAACGAACAAGACACUCUCUCAAAGGGACGACUUGAAUCUCUAUGCCAGGAAGUAUUAAAAAGUGGCAUAUAAAAAUGGAUACACAAGUAUAAAAAAGUUGGCAAGCAAACAUGCCAAUUUUUAAAAUAGUUUUAUUAUUAAAUUAAUUUUAAAUUUAAGAUACCCGUUUAGACUGAUAAUUUUCUUACCUAUUUUUUCUUUUUUUUGUAAUUUAACUCCAAAAGCAAAUUAAGUUAAUUUAUGUAGAUUUUAAAUAAAUAUUACCAAUUUUUUUUGGAUCAAAUGCUCUAUGAAAACCAAAGUUUGUAUUGAGCACUGAUUAUUCUUUCUCCAGCCUAAAAGGUAUCUUAUAUUUAAAAUAAUUUAAUAAUAAAGCCAUUUUUAAAAAUUGGCUCAUUUGCUUGUCAACUUUUUUUACUUGCCGACCAUUCUUUGGCAUGCCACUUUUUAACGCUUCCAGGUAUAGAGAUCCGUCUCAUCCCUUUGAGAGAGUCUGUCUUGGCCGCUCAACCAUUCAUUAUAUUUUGUUCGAUAAAGAAAUCUAUAUAAGCUAUGGGCAUAUCUGAUAUUAAUUUACCACGGUAUAUAUUCCAGAGAUCCAAAGACUUGUUCUGAAUGUAUUUGAAGACAAAACGAUUGACAGAUUUUUACUUUUCAUGAAUAACGAAGGGGAGUUUAUAUUUACAGAAAAACCACAAGAAAAAAAAAUAGGUAAAUACAAAGAUAUCCCUUAUGAAUAUCAUGCUAAAUUAAUAUCGCUCCUAUCAAAGUGUGGAGUUGGAGUAAACGGAAUGUAUAUGAAUGAAGCAAAGUGCCAAAAAAUAAUUUCUUUAGAAAAUGUUUUCAAAAUUCUAAAGCAAAUUGAAGAAAGUCCAUUUAGUCAACUUGAAAAAUUGAAAAUUCCGAUGUAUAUAUAUAUAAAAUAAAGUGUGGAGACUAGUCCGUCCUCUAAAUGAUAUCCGGCCAUAUUAGUUUUGAGGCUCUAAGUUGGCCAAGUAGCAUCAAGGUUCACGAAGUGGAGAGUCUAAGCAUGAAUCUGGUAAUUAGUGACCUGAUUCAAUAGGCAGUUGCUUGCCACCCUUUUUCCAGCAGCCCCAAGGCCAGUGCGGUGAUCGCGAUCUGGUAAUAGAAAGGCAUAAUUAAGGGCAAAGAUACUUAUUUAAAAUGGUGGCGCCCACAAAGGUUCCAACUCAACAGGUCCAUGCCACUACUAAGAAGCCAGAGGUUUCGGCCUAGCUCAGAGUUACAAGAAGCAUGGCCACCCAAUUCUUGCCUAAUCGGAAUGCCCAAAAUGCCACUUUAUAAUGCAAUCAAGAUUCUGAUGAUCGAAUUUUUGUAUAAUAAUUAUCUUGACUGUGAAAAGAAAUCUGAAGAGAUGAAAAAUAAUUGUUAUUUUGUUAGUUAUAUUGCAAUGCAAAAUGAAAUCAUGCAGGAAAAAUACCUUUUUGACACAAAAUAUUUGAUAUUUUUAAAAAUAUUUAUAGACUGCGUUGAUAAAUAUUGUGAAUUAUAUAUAAAUAGCAGAAAUUCAACACCAGACAAUUCGGACAUUGCUGAAAUUGAAAAAUUUGCAUACACUUUAUCACAAUGCAGCAAUAAAUUCUGCAGAAUAAGAAUUCCAAAUGAUUUUUAUGAAAAAAUCUGUAAUUUUUGUAAAAAAUUUGAUUAUGAGUUUCCUGAAAUUUCAUAUGAUGAUGACGCAGAGGAUUAUUUGCAAAACACCUGCAAUAUAGCCUUGCAAACUAACAUUUCUUUUGAAGAAAAAGCCUCAAUAACACCUAUAGGGGAAUAUUGAGAAAAAGUCCGAAAUUUCCUAGUUUAUGAUUCAGAAAUUAAAGAUCUUAUCGAUAUUGAGCAAAGAGCACUAAAAAUAGCCAUAAUUAAUUCCAGAGACAUGUUAAGCAGCAAAUUAUCUCUUUCAAUUAUUUUAAGAGCUCUAGUAGAGUUUAUUAACCAAAGCACAUUUCAUAGAACAGAUAUGAAAUUAAUUACAAAAUCUAUAGAGCUGCUGAAUUUACUUUUAGAAGAAUUUGUUCUGAACAAAAGCGAUGAAGAUAAUAUAGUAAACACAAGAAAUGAGCUAUGGAAGAUGAAAAUAGGGAAAUUGUCAAUAUCGAUGAUGUGCAUUCCAGAUCUCGAUUGCCAAACCUUUCUUACUUCAGUAGAGCUAAGCCUAUUGCUUUUACAAACAAACGCAAACCUUAUCCAGCAAGAAAUUUCAGAAUUUUUGCUCCAAUCUGAUGUUUCAAUGCUUUUUUAUAACAGAAUCCACAAGAUAAUAAAUAAGAGCAUAGAAGAGCAUUCAAGUCUUGAAAAUGAGAAAGAAACGGCAUCUCCAGUCUAUAAAAAAAGAUAUGAUCCAAUAAGGAUUAUUCUUAAAUUACUACGCGAACUAUGUAGAAGAGAUUUGGGUUUCAAGGAGUAUAUUAAACACCAAAAAAAUGCACAAAAAAGUUAUGACAUUGUUGAUGAUAUAAUAAGCUUGUUAGAGACCUUACUCCCCCCUCCGUGAGUGAACAAAACGAUUAGAAAAAUCCUUAUUUUUUGCCCAAAAACCCACCCUCCGUGAGUGAACAAAAAUUUUUUUUAAUAGAAAAAUUUUUUUAAGGAAAAAAAAUUUUGAUAUAUAAGUGAUAAUUAGCAUAAUGAAAUCUAGAGCUAAUUCUGUUUAAUUUUAAACGAAUUGCUUUUUAAAACAUAAAUUUUAUAAAUUAAAUUAAUAUUUGCUUUCCAGUUUUUGCGAAUUAGAUUUUUUUAAGUUUCGAAAAAAAAAAUAUUUUUUAUAAAAUUUAUAUAUAAUUUUUUUUAAAAAAAAAAAUUAACUCCCCUCCGUGAGUGAACAAAAUUUUUUUGUUCACUCACGGAGGGGGGGAGUUAGUAAAAAAUAUGAAUAAAGGCUCUUUAAAUGCAAUAUGCGAGUGUCUGGAUACGAUAAGUUCAUUUGUUUCUGGCUGCAAGGCGAAUCAAGAUACAAUUAUUAAUGGCAGAUUACUAGAGAUUAUUGCUCGAUUGAUGGAAUUAAAUGAAAGUAGAGAUAAAUUCGAAAAUUAUCAUGCACCUAAUGAAAAGCAGAUCAAUGGAAACCUUAUGGACAGUUGAAUGAUUUCAAAAAUUAAAUAUAAAAGCAUGCAAACUAUAAUUAAUCUCAUCGAAGGGCGAAAGGAUGAUCAUUUUAUCAGUAAAAUAGUCAGGAUUUUAAAUUUUGAAGUAGUUGAAGAAAAUUUGGUUAAUGUUUAUUCUAAUUUUGUCGACUAUUAUCCAAAUGCAGAUUAUAAUCCUGAGAUAUUUAACCAUCUGUAUACUUAUGAUCAUAAAUCUUUAAGCAAUCCUCAGGACACCAAUCCAAAAUAUUACACAUGCAUAAUUGAAACGGGUUUCUAUAUAUACCAAUUACUUAAAUAUUACGAAGAGGUAAUCUUAAUGAAAACGAUUAAAUAUAAUACAAAAGCAACAACUAAAUCUUAUUUUAAAGAAAAAUAUGCUAUAAGCAGCAUAUGAAAGCUGCCACUGAUACCAUAUUUUAUGAUGAUGCAAAAACAAAAGCCUAAAGUGACUGUUGAAAUAGAUAGAGAAAAAUUGAUGGAAAAUGCUUAUGCUUCCUUUCAUACAUUAUCUGUAGCUGGAGCAACCCAGGGACCUUGUGGAAUGAAGGAUGGCGUUUAGGAAUGGGUAUCAGACUAUGUUUUACAUGAAUUGGUGGAGCGCAUCGUCAUAUUAGGCCACACCUCGAGAGAAGAUGGAAAUCUCGGAGUUGAAAAAGGGAAGCCGAGGAAAAGGGAGCGGCACUCGGGAAAUGCAGUGGCAGGUGGUUGAGCGAAGCAAGAGUGGAGAAAAUACCAACGGGGUAUUACAGGAAGCUUCUCAAUAAUCUUAACUAAGAGCAAGCUUAUGCGUUUUUUCAGAAGCAUACCUGUAACGUAGAAGUUUUAUUGGAAAAUAACAAUCUCAUAAAAAUUUAUUUCAUAAUGCCUCCAGAAUAUCAAGGUCUAAGCAAAGAAAUAAAGAAAAUUUUCCAAAGGGAUGUUGACAGAACUUCUAAUCAUACAAAACUGCAGUUUUUGAUAAAUAAAACAGACGAAAUUAUUGCAAAAAUUAAGCAUGAGCAAGCGCUGAAACAGUUAUUUUCAAAGUAUUAUCUUUUUUCUUUACUUUUUUAUAAUGUUUUACUAUGAGAAGAUAUUGUUUUUCAUUUGAAUUUAAUCGAAAAUUUUGGCAUUAUAUACUCAUUUUCUUAUUAUGAUACUGACCCAAUUGACGAGCCUUCCUUAUUUUAUGAAGCAAAUGGGAAUUCUUGAGGAUUAGAUAUAGACCAGACAUGAGUAUUCCUAAAAACAAUUGGAAUUUUAGAAGCUCUAUCAUCUUUUAUUGUGCUUUGCCAUUAUUUACUCUUUCCUUUAAAUUGGAAUAAAAAUCCUUUCCUAUUUAUGAGGAUUAGUUUUUUUUUAAAAUCUAAAAAAUAAAAAUUGAAUACGAUUUUAAAUUUUAAUUUAUUUAGAGAGAAUUACUUUUAAAAACUUAAUUGAUUCAGUGUGAAAACUAAUUUAAAUAAUAUUAUAGUUGCGCUUUUUGCAUAAAAUAUGCCAAGCUAAAUUACACAGAUUAAUAUUUUUUACCUAUAUUGAAAAAUUGUAACUAUUUAAAGGGGGUUAAAAUAUCCAAAAAAUGGAAAUUAUACCUAUAUUUGUUCCAAUUUAAAAGCGGGGAGUUAGCCAAAGAGUCUCCUUUAAUUUUCAAACAAAUUGCAAAGGAUUAUUCAUGGACUUCUAGUAGACAAAAUAAUCUCUCUAAGUUCUUUUUAAGCUGCCAAUUAAUCGCCAUAUCUAGCUGAAAAAUAUUGACUUAUCCAAUCAUACUUUAUUAUAUCAUUUUCCUUGCUUUCGCAAUUCUAGGAGCUUCAAUACAUCCAUUUUUCUUUUCUAUAAACCUCCUGAUGAAUAUGGUCUAUCGCUAUCCAACAAUGCAGCUUAUCUGUAUGUCUAUUAGAAUCCCCUUUAAAGCGAUGGUAUCUGCAUGGAUCCUAAUGUUUCUAAUAGUUUAUAUAUUUGGUGUAGUUGGCUACUCCCUAAUUCAUAACGAUUUUACUGAUUAUUGCCCAAGCAUCCUUGUUUGCUCUAUCUAUAUAUUUGACCAAGGCUGAAAACAAAACGGUGGUAUAGGGGUAUCCUUAAAGAAUUAUGCUCCUGGCGAGCUCGACUACAUAAGGCUUUUAUACGAUAACCUCUACAACGUCAUUAUUGUCGUCACAAUGCUGAACGUUGUCCAAGGUAUCGUAAUGGAUGUUUUUGCCCAGAUUCGAGAAAAAAACAACAAUGACAUCACAGAUAUGAAAACUAAAUGCUUUAUGUGCGGACUUGAAAGAGAUUAUAUCGAAAGGGUUACUAAUGAGCCAUUUAAGCAUCAUAUUUGCUUUGAGCACUGCGAAUGGAACUAUAUUUUAUACAUUGCUCACAUUUUGAAUAAAAACAAAGAAGAAUACACAUCGGCUGAAAAGUACAUAAAAGAGCUAUAUGAGCUUAAAGACAUCAGAUGGUACCCAUGGAAUCAGUCUUUAUCAAUUAAUUAA